CAGGGUAAUGAUUACAUCUGCCUCUGUGUGUGUGAGUGCUGUCCCCCACCCUCUCGAAUAGGCGUGAAGCUCUUUUCCUGUUUCACCCGAUGUAUUUAUUGUGGCAGUUCUGAUGGAGCCGGACAGGCAGAACCUCCUUUCAAAAGUCAUCGCCUUCCUGCCUUAGCCAGGUGAUUUUCCCAGUGUUUAAAACGGAGAGGUGUUGCAGAGAAAGCCGUGUGACAGCUUAUUUGUGGCCGUAGAAGGUGUUUUCACCGAGUUGUAUGUAUGUUUCUCUAGGAAACGGUUAAAAAGCUGUAGUAAUCUUAGGAGAGGUGAACGGCCGUUGACUAAAAUUGCGACUGGGCGUGAGCUGUGCAGAAAUUCAGCAGAGCUGAAGUUUGGUGGAACUGGCGCUGCCUGACUUUACCCGCUUAUUUAGGAGCAGGUAUGGACACGGAGUAAAAAGUCACAGUGUGUGAGCAGGCAACUAUCAAGUACUGAAAUAGUGUGGUGAUUUUUAACUGACGUGGUUGAGCUGGGACUAUGGAAACAUACGUUCUGCUCAGCUCUGCACAUGUGCAGACACUUUUGGGGCAGAAUAUUCAUGAUCAAGGAGUUGUAAUUGUGCCUGUUGUCGUUGCUGCAGUAGUUGAUUGGCAUUUUUGUUGGUCUAUCGGAGCAGAAAUUAAGAUGGUUUUAGUAAUUACCUUCAUAAUUUUCUGCUGUUUCUUGUUUACACGUUUGACUUUCUGCUUAUUGUUGUUUUUACCUUCUGAACUGUGCCUUUUUUAUAAUCACUAGUCAUUAUGGGAUUCUUCUAUUUAUAAAAUCAAGGGCUUAAAGUAGGUGGUGGUCAAAUUAAGUUACACUUAUUUACAGCCAUAUUUCAGGCAUAUGUUUUAUGGUGAUCUUGAUAUAAUCCUAGUGUGGUUUUGGGGAGGAUUUACUGUAUCCUAUGAAUUUGUUAUUACACUGUUGUGCAUACGUUUUAAUUUUAGUAACACCCUUAUCCUCUUAAUUCCUGUUGAAUGAUUUGGGUUUGACUGUUUUGGCUUUGAAUGUAAUUAUUCUUUGCGUUGGAUGAGUAAAAUGGGAGAUUACUAAUUUGAAGCUGGACUCCUUUUGUUUUAGGCUGGUGUUUGUCAGCCAUCAGGGUUUCUGUACGUGUGGCAAGGCAAAACGUGUACAUCAGGCAAAACCAAUUUCAUAUGUAAUCUUGUAAUACAAAAAGAUUAUUCCAGACAAAGCUCUCCUUGUGUCCACAGCCUUCCUUUGAGGAAUGCCGAGGACUCCUCAAAGAGGAUGCUGUCUUUUGCCACGUCCCUCUAUUCUGGUCUUUCUAGAAAUGUUAAACAAUCCCCAACGUUUUGUCUUAGGGGUGAUGGCAAGGGUAGGGUUGAUAAACAGUGCUGAUUGCGAAUAGCUGCUCUUCCCAGUCUAGUUUUUCCUUUCCAGCGUGACAUAUCUGUAAGGCAGGAGGUGCUGGGAGGGGCGUUCCUUUGUUAUGUUGACACUUAAAUCGCAUUGACGGGUGUAUUCUCCUCCAGGAAUUCUGUGCGAUUUGAAGGGAUUCCUUCAGACGAGGAAUAUUUUCUCCAGCUGUCUGCCUGCACCCUUAGCCUGUGCGCAGAAGUGAAUUGCUCGGAGGAUCGCUCUCUGUAAAUAUUAAUACGGAGCAUUUGACCACCUAAUCUCUAGAGGUGAAUCUCUUGAUACCAGGAUUAGGAAAGAGUGCCUUCAGAACCAAUAUGUAGCAAAUGGGUAUCGCACCUCCGAAGCUCCUCCCUUGGUUCAGCGCUUGCAUGUUUUAAGGAUCCUUGUUGCUUCAGCAGUCAAUUAUUCUUGUGAACUUCAGAAACGGAUUUCAUGUGGUGCUUGCUAAACGUUGAGUCACCAUGAGUAGUAAUCUAGGAAAAGAAAAGGACUGUAAAGAGAAGGAUCCAAAAGUCCCAUCGUCAAAAGAAAGGGAGAAGGAGGCCAAAGCCUCUGGAGGAUUUGGGAAGGACAGCAAAGAAAAGGAGCCUAAGACCAAAGGGAAAGAUGCCAAAGAUGGAAAGAAGGACUCCAGUAGCACGCAGCCUGGGGUAGCUUUUUCAGUGGACAAUACGAUAAAAAGACCUAAUCCAGCCACAGGUACCCGCAAAAAAUCCAGCAAUGCUGAAGUGAUCAAAGAGCUAAAUAAAUGCCGGGAAGAGAAUUCAAUGCGCUUGGACUUAUCCAAGAGGUCUAUACACAUGCUUCCAUCAGCUAUCAAAGAGCUAACGCAGUUAACAGAACUUUAUUUAUACAGUAACAAACUGCAGUCCCUCCCGGCAGAGGUGGGCUGUCUUGUGAACCUGGUGACACUGGCGCUGAGUGAAAACUCACUCACCAGUUUGCCUGACUCUCUUGAUAACUUGAAGAAGCUGCGCAUGCUUGACCUGCGGCAUAACAAACUUAGAGAAAUCCCUUCAGUGGUGUACAGGCUAAGCUCUCUCGCCACUCUUUAUCUACGCUUUAAUCGUAUAACUACUGUGGAAAAGGAUAUCAAAAACUUGUCAAAGCUCACCAUGCUUAGCAUACGAGAGAACAAAAUCAAGCAACUACCUGCUGAAAUUGGAAAUCUGUCCAGUCUAAGUCGUCUUGGCCUGAGGUACAAUAGGCUGUCAGCAAUUCCGAAGUCUUUAGCAAAGUGCAGUGAACUUGAUGAACUGAACCUGGAGAAUAACAACAUCUCUACUUUACCAGAGGGUCUUUUAUCCAGCCUUGUCAAACUGACUAGUUUAACACUGGCCAGGAACUGCUUCCAGUCCUAUCCUGUGGGUGGCCCGUCCCAGUUCUCCACAAUCUACUCUCUCAAUAUGGAGCACAACCGCAUCAAUAAAAUCCCCUUUGGAAUUUUCUCUAGAGCUAAAGUAUUAAGUAAGCUGAACAUGAAGGACAAUCAGCUGACCUCUCUCCCCUUGGACUUCGGGACUUGGACUAGUAUGGUAGAACUGAACUUAGCGACUAAUCAGCUCACAAAAAUCCCUGAGGAUGUGUCUGGGCUUGUUUCUCUUGAGGUUCUCAUCUUGUCCAACAAUCUCCUAAAGAAACUUCCCCAUGGAAUUGGAAAUCUACGGAAACUCCGAGAGUUAGAUCUAGAGGAAAACAAACUGGAAUCCUUGCCAAAUGAAAUAGCUUACCUCAAGGAUCUGCAGAAAUUGGUUCUGACCAAUAAUCAGUUGACCACCCUUCCCAGAGGUAUCGGUCACCUUACCAAUCUGACACACCUUGGGCUUGGAGAGAAUCUUCUCACACACCUUCCUGAGGAAAUUGGUACACUGGAGAAUCUGGAAGAACUGUAUUUGAAUGACAACCCCAAUCUGCACAGCCUUCCCUUUGAGCUGGCUCUUUGCAGCAAACUGUCAAUAAUGAGUAUUGAGAACUGCCCGCUCAGCCACCUUCCACCUCAGAUUGUUGCAGGAGGACCCUCCUUCAUCAUUCAGUUCCUAAAAAUGCAGGGACCAUAUCGUGCCAUGGUCUGACGCUAAUUGGAUUGUCCAAUACACUGUACAAAAUACAAACUGCAUUAAUGUUGUAAUUGUCUGUAUAUGUAUAUAUAAUAUAAUAUAUGUGGUUUAUAUUAUAUUAUAUAUAUAUAAAUAUAUAAAUAAUAUAAAAAGGCAAAUCUAAGACUGCAUUAUGUGUUUCUGCUAAUAGAGGAAUCAUAGCCAUUUAGAUUUUUUUUUUUAAUCCUGUAAAAAUGCUUGUCUAAGUUUUCUUUGCUGAAUUUGAUGGAAGUUGUCUGAAUAAUCUGGAAAUGCCAGUUCAUUUAAAGCAAUUGCCAAUGAACUCAAAGUUUAAAUUUAAGGGACAAAAAAUAGUUUUGCUUAGAUUUACUUUCAGUUAAGAGAAGUGUAUAACCUUUAUAUAAUGAAUUCUUCUGUUUUCCUCCCUCUUUUUUUUUUUUGUGUCAAAACCUGCAAGGGUUAUGUGCCCUGAGGUUGGGAUUUUCUUUUAACUUAUUUUGAGAUUUGAAGCAAAUGGUGUUUUUAUAUUGUUUACAGUCAGAGUAAAUCACUGGAUUUUGUUUUAUUCUGAUUUGCUCUGUUUUAAUCAAUCAUAUUGAGAAUUUAUAUGCCUCUGCUGAUGAAUUUUUAUCAACCGGUUUGUAUGCUAAAACCCUGUGCUCAUCAGAACAACUGGCAGGUGAAAAGGAUGCAGUCAAAACAAAAGAAAAAGAAAAGAAAAAAGCUUGAAUUCCUUUUAAGUCUUGCUUCCCUGAGUUAUCAGUUGCAGGCAUAACAUAUCUGAACUGAGCCUUUUGCGGUUGGUCUUUUCUAGCACAAGUAAACCUUUUCAGAUUGGUAAAAACGUGGAGUAUACUCAGUGAAGAGCGGUUUUCAUUUUGUGAAGUAACAAGUCCAUGAGGUCUAACAGUACAGUUAAGUGGCAAGGAAAUAAUAUAUAUGUACAUUUUUAUUACAAUGUUGAGUCAUAAACUACAACAGGCAAUUUUAAGGAUUCCUUAUAGUCCUUGUACAAUAAAUGAAUGUGUCUUACUUUUAAACACUGCAAUAUAUGUAAGUUUUAAGGUUGGUUAACAAUGUACUAUGGUUUUAUAUCUUGACUUGCCUUGUACCUCCUUCCAUUAUGGAACUUCUGUGUCCAAGCACAAUAUCUUCACACUGUGCUGUUUUGCUGCUGAACUAAAUGCACUUUUCCCCACAGCUGGGGCACUUGCUUCAAAAUAUUCAGUUCAGUAUCUUGAUUAUUCUUUUUUUAACUUCAUCCUAUCUGUUUCAGUAUUAAACCGAUCUAUUAAAAAAGAGGCACCUUUUUCAUUUGUGCUUAGAUGUUGGUAGCUCAAGAGAAACACUGUAAGUAGUGGACAUUCAGUUUUAUCAUGACUUCCUUGCUUGUUCAAAAGGCAGAAGAUGCUUCAGGGAGAUUCACACUGUUGUUGCACUUGUAGGGCCAGUUGUCCUAUUUCAGGAGGGUAGGAACUCGAGGCGGUUGCAUUCCACAGUUACUCAAGAACUGUUGGGUUUAUACUCAUUGGAAUUGCUGCUGGGGUAGUGUGACCUAGAGGACUGUACCUUUUGAACAAAGUCAAAUCAAGCAAUGCCAUGGGAAAUCUGUUUCACACGCAGAAGCUUGGGGAAUAUUGUUUCUGGCUUUCAGGCAUGCUUACUUAGACAUAUUGCCUUGAUCUAUUUGCAUUCUGUUUUGUCGCACAUCUUUUCGUUAACAAGGAGUAAGUUUAAAUGGAAGGCAGGUGGAGAUAUAAAACCUUAGAGGGCUUAAACAUGCUGUAAAACUAUUGUAGAUGUCACUGGAUUUUACUAAGUAAUGUUCUGUUCUCUCUCACACACUCUGUCUCUUUCCCCACCUCCCCCCCUUUUUUUUUUUACAUCUACUGUAGCUUUUCAGUUUAGACUUUAUAAAAGGCUAGUUCCUUACAGUUCUGCCUGAAGUUAAUCUUUCUCAGCAUUAAGGUGUUAAAAUUAUGAAGAUGCUGAAAUGCUUAGUAUCAAGACUGUAAUCUAACUUCUGAAUAUACUGCUAAAUCCGUAUUUGUGCCCUCAGGUCCCUAGGGGAAACUGGUUUGAUUAAUAUGGUUCCUUAAAACAAAAGUGGUGACCCCUUGUGUUUUCAAGCCUCUUGGUCUCAUUCCCUGUCUGCUCCUCAAUCCCAUUUUUUUUUAAUGAGUUGAUGGGAUUGAAUUUGUUUAGUUUGUAAAUAUGUUGAUUAUUCACCUUGUUAAGGUACAUGGUAAAUGACUGUAUGAUUGGAGCUGACCCUCCCUCACCUAAAUUCUUGUGGAGAAGUUGGUUACCAAAAUAGUGCUCGUUACACUCGCUUAAAAACAAACUAUCCUUUUCAUUACACUUAUAGGAAUAAAUAAAGCAAUGUUUUAAUUCAUUACUAUAUUAAAAACAGGAUAUUUUUUCAAACAUCUUUGUACUAGUAUGGUUGUUGCAUUGAUAAUCCUGAGCCCUGUUUUAGGAUUUUAUACAUUCUGAGGUGAACACUUAUUUUUUCAGCAUCUCAAGAGAGAUUCGAAUAAAAGCAGUGUGAGAGAAGUUCUGGUACAGGAGAAAUCAACUCAGAAGAAUUCGAGAAGUUCUUUAAAAUUAUCCAGAAGUUUAAGUAUAAAUGUGUAGCAUGGAUUUGGAAUAUAUGCAUAUAAAUUCCUAUAAGCGCGUACAUGGAUUUAUAUCCAAAUCUAAACACAGACCCAUAUAAAUCCAGCUGCUUUGAUCAUUCAGAAUAGUCUUACAUCCUGACAUAACAGACUUAGCAUUUCCCAGGAUGCUGGAUUAUUAACUGGUGCAGUUUCUAAAUUGUGUUUGAUGCCCGAUGACAUUCAGUUGGACACUCCUUGCUGGCUUAUACAUCUUUAAGAAUUUUGUUUGGCCUAAUCAAUUAAAGUAUGAAUGGAAAGAACUUCAUCCUCACAAGUGUAUGGAUGUAAACAUACAUAUAUACAUGUAUAUGUGUAUCUAUAUGUAUGAAAGCACAGACAAGAUACUUGUAUUAAAUAUGUAUCCCCCUUGCUAUACUGGGGGUGAUAAUUUGGAAGGUUAUUGAGAUUUUGACAAUCUUUACUCUGGGUGAAAAUCAUGACCUUGAUUGCUUGCCCAAAGACAAAAUGUCAAUUUUGUAUGUUCCUGUGCUUAUGUACAUAAGAAUAUGUACAUAUACACAUGCCCUGUAAAGACACUAUCCUGCCUUGGUUUAACAAGCUAAAUUACUGUACUAUAGCAUAUAUAGUAUUAUGAAAGUGUGGUAAGGUGUAAAGCAGAUGAGGGAUUUGGUAAAUAAUGAACAGAAAGAAUAAUCACCCUUGUGACUCCUGUUGGUCACAUAUUGCAUUUAAAUUUACUAAAUAGAAAGUCAUUUGGUAAUUCAAGUUCGUCACCAAAGUUGUCUAGUAUAAAUGCAGUGGAAAUGCUGCCUGUGAGGUUGGGUCACACAGUUGUGUAAUUGGUACUUUUCCAUUUGCCAGAUGCUAUUGGAAACUUCUAAAUUCAUACACCAGUUUUAGAAAGAUUCUUGGGUUGUAGAAUAUUUGCUUCAUUACCUCUCUCAGAUUUAGGUUUUCUCUGCUGGUUUGCCCAUCUUUUGCUAAUGUUGUGUGAGAAAGUGCAUGUUCAGACUGCUUGAAGGUCAUGUUUGCUCAUGUACAUGAGUUAGUAAUUAGUACUCUAACAGUCUAGCUGGUUAUUGCUUAAACCCAUUGUGUCACCUGGAAUUCAAGUAUCAUCUUUAAUCCUGGGAGUUUGAAAAAUAUCUUUUAUUUAACAAAUAGAAAAAUUGGGAGGCUAUUUUUUUCUUUUUUUUUUAACCCCAAAUUAAAUGUCUGAAUCAGUACAAACCAGUCUUUAUAUCUGGAUGCAAUUAAGAGGUUAGCCUAGAAAUAGUCGGUAUCACACCCUGGUUGUAUCAAAUCGGCACGCCAGAAUAGCUUCUAAUUAGAAAUGUGCAGUUGGCAGUAAUUUGCACAAUGCAAACUUCAAGGCGCAAUAAGGGCAAUUACAAACAACCGAUAGUAUCUACAAAUGGGUUUUGUUUUUAUGUUAGCAAAGAUCAGAAAAUUAUGUUUAUUAUUCUGAUGUUUAGGUCUUAACCAGGACUGCACAGGACUUUGGCUGUGGAGAAAUACCAGACCACACUAAUUUUGUGGUUAAAAGCUAAACAAGAGUGUAAACAGUCUACAAAAAUGUACUUUUAAUCUGAAUUAUUGUAAUGUUGAUUGUUAUGUCUAUAUAAAAGAUUGCCUUGCUUUUUUAUAAGAGUCAUUCUGUAUCGAUGCAUUCAUUAUAAAUAGUAUAUUUGUAAAUAAG